AUGAAGGCAGAUGUUGAGCGUGACAACCCUCUGGCAUACCUGCAAUUAUUCCUUACUGAGGAGGUAAUUGAAAAAAUUGUCACGGAGACAAAUCGAUACCAACAGCAGCAAUCCGCUACGCAGCAUGGCACGUUUUCCAGAAGCAGAAAGUGGGAACCGGUGACCAAAGAGGACAUGUGGCAGUUUCUGGGACUCAUCAUUUUUCAGGGGGUGAUUGGGAAACCUCUCCAGAAAUGGUACUGGACCACCAAUAAGUUACUGGCCACUCCAUUUUUUGGCACCGCGAGGUCAGAAUACCGGUUUUCCCUCAUCAUGAAGUAUUUCCACAUCAUAAACAAAAAAGAAUUUGAUGAGGCCACGCAUCCUGCGCCCAAACUAAAAAAAAUCUGGGAGGUAUGGCAAAUGAUUGUGAGCAAUUUCCAGCGCACCUACGUGCCAGGAAGGGAUGUCAGCGUCAACGAAAGUUUGAUGGCCAACAAGGGACGCCUAAGCUGGAUACAGUACAUUGCAUCCAAAAGAGCGCGGUUUGGCAUCAAAUCCUACAUGCUCUGCGAGUCAUCCACUGGGUACAUCUGGAAUUUGUUCAUUUAUACCAGUAAAGGCACGAAGUUCAACCCCAGGAACAGCGGCUAUGGGAUGGCAACAUCAUCUGUCCUUACACUGCUGGAGCCAUUGCUCAACCAGGGAUAUUGUGUGACCACGGACAAUUUCUACACGUCUCCGGAACUGUAUGAGGUUUUGCUACAAAACAAGACUGAUGCAUAUGGUACCGUUAGGCCUAACCGACGUGAUAUGCCAUCUAUGUUUGCCAAGAAUAAACUCAAAAUCGGAGAAAUGGUUGCCUGGCAGAAGGGUAGGAAAGAUGUGCUGAAGCCGCAAGUCGUGAUAGACUAUAAUUACACCAUUGGAGGUGUCGACAGAGCCAAUCAGGCAAUUACAUUUUAUCCAGCUAUGCGCAAACAGCAAAAAAAAUAUUAUAAGAAGAUCUUCAGACAUCUUCUGGAACAAUGCCUUUGGAAUGCUUACAUUCUGUACAGAGCAAAGAGUGACAAGCCUCUUGUUCAUUCUGACUUUAUAUGGAAGGUGGUUGAACGGAUUUUUGUCAACCACCAGACGCCAUCAGUAUCUGUGAACAGACCUGGACGUCGUGCUGUUGACGUUGUCAACCCAGAACGCCUGACUGGUCGCCACUUUAUGGACUACAUCCAGCCAACUCCAAAAAAGGCAGCACCUACCAGGAUGUUCGUGGUUUGCUGCUCAAAGAGAGAUGGCAAUGGAAAGAAAGUCUGA